AUGGGAUUCCGUUCCCUUUCCCAUCUUAUUCUGUGCCGUCAAGGACCGUCUUCCCAUCCGCCCAUUCCUCCGACUCCUUCGGCUCCUAUUCCUUCCAUUCUGCCGACUUUCCCAUCAAUGCAGUCGGUUCUUUUUCUACUUCUCGCCUCGGCGAUUGGUACGUUUCUCUUGGAAUGGGUCUCAAAACCCGUAAUUAUUCAGGAGUGGCGUCUGAAAGUUUUUCGGAAAACGGUAAGCUCAAUCUGGUGAAUGUGCACAAUGAGCACCGUUCCCAACUGGCUCUCGGCCAGCUCACUGUUCGUGGAGUCAAAAAACCUUCCGCGAGUGUCAUGAGAAAGAUCGUAAGAACAAAAGCCGUAGUCAUUCGAAAAAAAGCUAUACUUCAGUCCUGGAGUUUCAAACUGGCUCAAAGCGCGAAGACGUUCGCGGAAUCUUGUCCGAAGAAUCAUUCGACCGUCAUGAACCAAGGGGAAAGCAUUUUCUGGCACUUCUCGAACAAUCUGAACACUCCGGAUGAAUAUGUGAGACCGUUGAAUCUUUGGAAACAGAAAACCUUCCGGCUUCAGGGCAACUUGGCUCCCGAGAAAUGGUGGAGCGAAUUCGAAACGAACGGAUGGGACUCGUUGAUCUACAACCACGCCAAACAGAGAUUCCAGAUCGGACACGCCGUCCAAAUGGCGUGGCACUCGACCAGUAAAGUGGGAUGUGGCUACUCGAAGUGCGACGUCGGAACGCCCGAUCAGACGAUGGUUGUCGUGUGCCGGUACUAUCAAAAGUGAGAAAACUGGACGAGAAUGGAGAUGGUAACGGCUUCCUUUCAGAGGCAACAUCGAAGGAGAGCCCAUCUACGAACAAGGAGAACCGUGCUCCAAGUGCCCGGCCGAAUACCAGAAGUGUCCGUCCGGAUUGUGCGAGAAGGGAUUCAGCGAGUCGGAGGACGAUUAA